GGAAAAUCUCCUUGUCAUCGAUUGCGCCUCUCGAGUGGAAGAAAGUGUCGCCGUGCAACAUUUAGCAUAAAUCUUAGCAGAAGUUUAUCCAACAAGCAGUCUGCUGUCGGGACCUCCGGACCUUGGCUGUUAACGUCAGGCUUCCACCAGCUGAGAUGACAGAGCUGCGGCAUCGAGGAGCCAAGGACAGCGAACCUCCGUUAGAGCAGCAGCCAUCAGAGGACAAGUGCUCAGACAGCGAGCUGAAGGCAGAGAAGGAUGGAGUCUCAGACAACGAGUCCAAGGUGGACUCGGGAGUCCCAGAGGUGCCAGUCCCUCCUGAUGACACCCCCGAGGUUCUCAACAAGGCCCUGUCUGGACUCUCCUCGAGAUGGAAGAACUGGUGGGUACGAGGCAUCCUGACACUAGCCAUGAUCUCCUUCUUCUUCUUCAUCAUCUACCUAGGCCCCAUGGUGCUCAUGAUGAUUGUCCUUUGCAUUCAGAUCAAGUGUUUCCAUGAAAUCAUCAGAAUUGGGUACAGUGUGUACCACUCCUACGACCUGCCCUGGUUUAGGACGCUGAGUUGGUACUUCCUUUUGUGUGUGAACUACUUCUUCUACGGUGAGACUGUGACUGAUUACUUUUUCACACUGGUGCAACGAGAGGAGCCGCUACGCAUCCUGAGCAAAUACCAUCGCUUCAUCUCCUUUGCUCUCUACCUCACAGGUUUCUGCAUGUUUGUGCUGAGUUUGGUGAAGAAACAUUAUCGUCUUCAGUUCUACAUGUUUGGUUGGACCCAUGUGACUCUGCUAAUCGUAGUGACCCAGUCCCACCUAAUCAUUCACAACUUGUUUGAGGGGAUGAUCUGGUUCAUUGUUCCCAUUUCCUGUGUGAUCUGCAACGACAUCAUGGCCUAUAUGUUUGGUUUCUUCUUCGGCCGAACACCACUCAUUAAGCUGUCACCGAAGAAGACAUGGGAGGGAUUUAUUGGUGGAUUCUUCGCCACUAUUGUGUUUGGCAUCAUGCUCUCCUACGUCAUGGCUGGAUACCGCUACUUUGUUUGUCCUGUGGAGUUUAACAACGACUCCAACAGUUUCCAGGUGGAUUGUGAGCCGUCAGAACUGUUUCAGCUCCAGGACUACACUCUGCCUGGAGUCCUGGAGUCUGUCACUGGAUGGACCACAGUGCGUUUAUAUCCUUUCCAGAUCCACAGCAUCGCUCUCUCCUCCUUUGCCUCCAUUGUGGGACCCUUUGGUGGCUUUUUUGCCAGCGGCUUCAAGAGAGCAUUUAAGAUCAAGGACUUUGCCAACACCAUCCCGGGUCACGGAGGCAUUAUGGACAGAUUUGACUGCCAGUACCUAAUGGCCACAUUCGUUAAUGUCUACAUUGCCAGCUUCAUCAGGGGCCCCAACCCCAGCAAGGUGAUCCAACAGCUCCUGGCGCUCCGACCCGACCAGCAGCUCUACAUCUUCAACUCCCUGAAGGCUCAUCUGACAGAGAAAGGCCUGCUGCCAGCUGUGGAGGCUGCUGCUUAGUCCCCCGCCCCCACCAUAGCUGCUUUCCCACUGAAGGUGGUGAAGACAGCGACUCCCGGUUUUGCUGGGGGCUUUCGUUCUCUCUGCGCUCUGAGAGAAUCUGUGUUUAUUUGUGAGCGAAGACACAUCAAUGAAAACCUAGAAAAACAUUCAGCUUUGGGUCAUUCCGUUUCAUUUGGGUUGGAGCGUGGUGUGUUUUUGUCUUUGUCUGCUCUUAAUCAUUUUUCUGCCACUGGUGUUUUCAGCUAAUGCUGGUGGGUUACUGUUGAGUCCUUCAUUACCAGUAUAGCUGAUUUUAGAUUUCUAUCAACGCUGUUUAACUAAUUUCUGGUCAGAUGUACAGUUCUGCCUGUUUACACAAUAUCCUCGAUAUAAUCGGUUCACGUGUAUUAAUAUUAUAUUGUUUGAUGUUUUUUAAUCUAAAGCCAUUAACACACUGUAAUGUUACUACAGCUUCACCCUCCCACAUUUGUCUGGUUGAAUUUUCUUUUGACUGUGAUUUCUAUUUAUACAGAGAUGGUUUUUAUAUUUCAUAAGUUCUAUUUGAUCUUAAUGUUGUCUCUUUAAUUCAAACUUAUGUGGAUAUUUGUGUCUUUUUUUUUUGGAUUAUUGGUUAUGCUUUGUUUACAUUAGUCAUUUCAAUUCCUCUCAUGCUUGGCCAAAUUAUUAUCCUUACAUCAUCACGCAGAGGUGUGAAUCCCACCAAACCUUUCAGUCAGAUAAAUUCCUGAAGCAGCGUUCUGCGAGCAAAUAUCUCUGAAGGCAAUUGACCUCACUCUCACCUGUUUUAUUGUAUGUCAUUAAUUCUUUAAAGUAUUUUUUUUUAGUGCAGCUGACCUGCUGUUUGAAGGAUUUUCUGUUUGACCUGUAGGGUGGUAAGACAAUUUGCGGCACAAUGAUUACUGCACUGCCAUUUCUGUUCUUCACAGCAGAGACUCUCUGCUCACACAGGUCAUACACUGAACCUCAGUAAUGUUAGCAAGUUGGGCUCAGGCACAUCUUCUCAUGCUGCACUUUGCCAAUACUGUCAGCUACUCUACAUGACAGUUUUCGUUCCUCAAGGUUUAUUCGCAAGGUUAUGUGUUAUUUAUGCCAAGUGUGAUUUGAUAGUAAAGCAUAAGCUUAAGCCUCUA